AUGGCUCCCAAGAUACAGUCUCGACGCCUCACCGGGUGGGUACGUACGCCCAUGGUCGAGGGUCACUCCGGCGUGGAUGAGUAUGGCUCCCAAGAUACAGUCUCGACGCCUCACCGGGUGGGUACGUGCGCCCAUGGUCGAGGGUCACUCCGGCGUGGACGAGUAUGGCUCCCAAGAUACAGUCUCGACGCCUCACCGGGUGGGUACGUACGCCCAUGGUCGAGGGUCACGACGGACCUGGCAUUGUGGACACAACCACAGGUCGAUACUCCGCUUUCAGAAAUGGCCAGACGAUCACCCUCGACUUACCGCGGAGUAUCGUCGAGGGUCUCCCACGAUACCCUACACUGUCGCCUGUGGACACCCAGGUCAGCAGAGUACCUGAGUGGCUCCCUGAGUGGCUCCCUGAGUGGCUCCCUGAGUGGCUCCCUGAGUGGCUCCCUGAGUGGCUUCCUGAGUGGCUCCCUGAGUGACUUAUUGAGUGGCUCCCUGAGUGGCUCCCUGAUUGGCUCCCUGAGUGGCUCCCUGAGUGGCUCCUUGAGUGGCUCCCUGAGUGGCUCCUUGAGUGGCUCCUUGAGUUGCUCCCUGAGUGGCUCCCUGAGUGGCUCCCUGAUUGGCUCCCUGAGUGGCUCCCUGAGUGGCUCCCUGAGUGGCUCCCUGAUUGGCUCCCUGAGUGGCUCCCUGAGUGGCUCCCUGAGUGGCUCCCUGAGUGGCUCCCUGAGUGGCUCCCUGAUUGGCUCCCUGAGUGGCUCCCUGAGUGGCUCCCUGAGUGGCUCCCUGAGUGGCUCCCUGAGUGGCUCCCUGAGUGGCUCCCUGAGUGGCUCCCUGAGUGGCUCCCUGAGUGGCUCCCGAGGUGACAUCUCAAAUAUAAUUGGCGGACAAAAUACGGCAAGACGCUUAAUAUCUCACCAAACCUCACGGGCGGCGUGUCAGGCUGGGCGGCGUGUCAGGGUGGGCGGCGUGUCAGGGUGGGCGGCGUGUCAGGGUGGGCGGCGUGUCAGGGUGGGCGGCGUGUCAGGGUGGGCGGCGUGUCAGGGUGGGCGGCGUGUCAGGGUGGGCGGCGUGUCAGGGUGGGCGGCGUGUCAGGGUGGGCGGCGUGUCAGGGUGGGCGGCGUGUCAGGGUGGGCGGCGUAUCAGAGUGGGCGGCGUAUCAGAGUGGGCGGCGUGUCAGGGUGGGCGGCGUGUCAGGGUGGGCGGCGUAUCAGAGUGGGCGGCGUAUCAGAGUGGGCGGCGUAUCAGGGUGGGCGGCGUAUCAGGAUGGGCGGCGUAUCAGAGUGGGCGGCGUAUCAGAGUGGGCGGCGUAUCAGGAUGGGCGGCGUAUCAGAAUGGGCGGCGUAUCAGAAUGGGCGGCGUAUCAGGAUGGGCGGCGUAUCAGGAUGGGCGGCGUAUCAGAGUGGGCGGCGUAUCAGAAUGGGCGGCGUAUCAGGAUGGGCGGCGUAUCAGAGUGGGCGGCGUAUCAGGAUGGGCGGCGUAUCAGAGUGGGCGGCGUAUCAGAGUGGGCGGCGUAUCAGGGUGGGCGGCGUAUCAGAGUGGGCGGCGUAUCAGGGUGGGCGGCGUAUCAGAGUGGGCGGCGUAUCAGGAUGGGCGGCGUAUCAGGAUGGGCGGCGUAUCAGAGUGGGCGGCGUAUCAGGGUGGGCGGCGUAUCAGAGUGGGCGGCGUAUCAGGGUGGGCGGCGUAUCAGAGUGGGCGGCGUAUCAGAAUGGGCGGCGUAUCAGGAUGGGCGGCGUAUCAGAGUGGGCGGCGUAUCAGGAUGGGCGGCGUAUCAGAGUGGGCGGCGUAUCAGAGUGGGCGGCGUAUCAGAGUGGGCGGCGUAUCAGAGUGGGCGGCGUAUCAGGGUGGGCGGCGUAUCAGAGUGGGCGUGAGAAUAUGUUGUCUUUGGUCGCCAUGCCAACGUACGCGAAAUAA